ACACGAAUGAGUUUUAUUUUUUAUUGAAGGAGAGCAGAGCGGAGUUUCAGCCAAGUUUGAAAAUGGAAGAGCCGUCACUGGAGGAAGUGAGUCCUGCUGCAGACGCCACACUGGCAGACAGCUCAGAGGAGCGUGGAGAUGUGGUCCAGACAGAAGCAGCAGAUGCCGUCCAGGACGGUGAGGAACCGGCUGUCCCCGAAGCUGACACCUCCACAGGCCUGGAGGGAGAGGAGGCGGAGAAGCCUGCAGCAGAGCAACAUUUAGGUCUUGUUCCUGUGGAGAACCUUCCAGAGGCUGAACUGCAGACCACAGGAGAAGAGCCUGAGGAGGCUGUUCUCCCACCAGACCAAACAGCUGCAGGAGAUCUACCCACCGGUGAGACUUUUGAGGAGGGUGAGGCUCCAGAUGUGGAUCCUCUCAUUGGAGAGCGUCUCUCCAGGGAGGGCAGCAUCAAAGCUGAGGAGGAUGAGCAGGAGAAGGAGGAUGAAGGGCCUGCGGUGCUGGACUCAGGCACUCCGGAGCCAGAGGGCCAGCGGCCUGAGGACGAAGCUCCAUCAGAUCAGCUGCAGACAGAGCAACAAAACCUUCAGAUCAACUAUGAGGAGCAGCUGGAGCUCCUACAGGAACUGCAGGCAGAGAGAGACAAACUCAGCCAGAUCAACACCCAGAUACAGGUCAAGCUAGCCGACUACUUCCGCAGAAAGAUGGGUGAAGACCCUCGGCCGGAGCGAGAGAAGGUCGUGUCUGACCUGCAGCAGCGCUACCAGAUGUAUCUGGAUGUCAUUGAGGAUCUGAAGCGGCAGCGACUCCGUGAUUCGGAUCUCCACCAGCAGCAGGUGGAGGAGCUGAAGAGGCAGAGCCAGAAGAAGCUGGAGCUGGUGGAGCGAGAGUGGAGAGCUCUGAUGGAGAAGAAGUAUGAGUCAGCUGUAACAGCUCUGUCGCGAAAGCUGGGUAAACCAGCCGCUCAGGCCCAGGUGGAGCAGCUCCAGCAGGCCGAACAGAAACAAGAGGAGGAACUUGUGGCCGUCAGGCUCGAAAACAUCAAGCUGAAGAUGAAGAUGAGGAAGCUGGAGGCCGAGCUGAAGGCCAAAGAGGAGCUGGCUGAAGGUCUGCAUCGGAUUGACUUUGAACAGCUGAAGAUCGAGAACCAAACCUACAACGAGAAGAUCGAGGAGCGCAGUGAGGAACUGCUGAAGCUGAGGAAGAAGAUCACCCACACUGAGCAGGUCCUGACCCAGGUGAAGGAGAAGCUUCGGUUUGUUCAGGUGGAAAACGAAGCUAAGCGGGCUCAGCUGGCCGAGGUGGAUGCUGUGGUGGCCCGGAAGCGGGACGUUUUGACGCGAACCAAGCAGGCGCGUGACAGCCUGCGGGCGGAUAACCUGCGCCUGCGUCAGCGCUGUGGCCUGCUGGGAAACAACACCCUCCUGAGGGACUUCGAGGAGAAGAUGGACGCCUGUGAGAGUCUGGAAAGCAGACUGGAGACGCUGAAGAGGCGCCACGCUGAACUCACGCUGAAGUGUGCUGGAGUGAAGAAGAAACUGGAGCACAGCAGGACAGUUGACCACUGACACAACACAGGACCACUGACGCAACAAAGACUACUGACACAACACAGGACCACUGACGCAACAAAGACUACUGACACAACACAGGACCACUGACACAACGAAGACUACUGACACAACAUGGGACCACUGACACAACACGGGACCACUAACACAACACAGGCUACUUACACAACACAGACCACUAACACAAAAUAGAUCACUGACACAGCAGGCCACUGAUGCAACAUAGACCACGACACAACACAGGACCACCAACACAACACAGACCACUGAAGCAACAAAGACCACUGACACAACACCGACCACUGACGCA